CGAAGUCCCGCAUUAGCCCAUGUUUGUCUAUUUUGCAGCCAGAUUACUGUCGAGCCGGACAGUUGGUUUUCUGUGUCGCCGAGUCGAGGCAAUCUGUGCGGACUUUAAAAUUGCGCUAUUUUGUAGAUAGAAAACCUUUUCCGCAUUAAGCCAGAUAUGCUUUUUUCUCAACAUUUCGCAGACUGUCUCUUAUCUCUUACAACGCUGUAAAGCCUCGUCCUUUUGAUCUACAGAUACCCUGGUGCAUCUAAUUAACUAAAAGCUUAUUGGUAUUUAUAGCUGGAAAAAUACCCGUUCGUCUAAAUCAGCCCAUCAAGUCCGUGUUCAUGCCGGAUCUGGAGCAUUUCAGAUUUUCCAGCGGUAGAAUGAAUCCUUCGUUGGGGGCCAAUGUGCUUCUCCAGCAGCAACAGAACCAGGGAUCGGCUCAUCUCCAGCUUCAGUCCCCCACAGGCCUGUCCGAUCCUUCGGCUUUUCUAAACGAGCAGCCUGGAUUGUGCUCAGGAAGCAUAUCGGGACUGGAUUUUAGCACCCAGGCGCAGACCGGCGUCGCUUACUGUCAUAUUAACAAUUUUUUGCACAUAACCCCUCCGACUCCACCCGCAGCAAUGGCCCUCCGGAACGACCUGGGCUCCAAUAUCAGCUCGUUGAAAUCCCUGAAUCUACGCUUCCGCUGCUUUUUAGCCAAAGUACAUGAGCUGGAAAGGCGGAAUAAGAUUUUGGAAAAGCAGCUGCAACAGGCGCUGGAAGGCGAUGGUGUCGGAGAUGCGAAGAAGCCGCCCACCAAAGAGAUGGCUGUCCAGACGGGCUUUGUGGGGCCGAUCUCACUCCGGCCCGGUUCAUUGCCUUUCCACAACGCUAAUAACCCGCUACAACGACCUGCCACUCUCUUCAUGCCUCCCCUCACUACCGUCCUUACGCUUGAUCAGGGCAGCAGAACCCCGGCAGGUUCCGAUGACCCAAACACCGGCGGUCCGGACACUAACUCCAACCCCAAUAUCGUGCUGGGUCCGCCGACUCCAAAUGGGACGCCGGCAAACUCCAACAUCAGCACCAAGAAUGGGCCGGUCACCUCCACUAACCCGCCUCCCAGGUUUCUUCCCGGUACCAUUUGGUCUUACAACCAUACUCGCAAGCUGGGAUCGGGCAUCGAGACCCGGGUGACGAGCCCUGGGGUGUCCUGGGUGCACCCGGACGGGGUAGGGGUGCAGAUCGAUACCAUCACCCCUGAAAUAAGGGCUCUCUACAAUGUACUGGGGAAAGUGAAGAGGGAGAGAGACGAGUACAAACGAAGAUGGGAAGAGGAGUACACAAUGCGAGUGGAUCUCCAGGGGAAGGUCUCGGAGCUGCAGGAGGACCUGCAGGAGAGCGAGUCCAGCCAGGAUGAGUUGGCGCUACGGGUGCAGCAGCUGAAGGCGGAGCUCGUACUCUUCAAGGGGCUCAUGAGUAACAAUCUUUCUGAGCUCGACAGUAAGAUCCAGGAGAAGGCUAUGAAGGUGGACAUGGACAUCUGUCGCCGGAUUGACAUCACUGCCCGGCUGUGCGAUGUUGCUCAGCAGAGGAACUGUGAGGACAUGAUCAAGAUGUUCCAGGUGCCCACCUCACCUUCAACUGCGAAUAGGCGUCCCCGCAGACAUGCUCCCCCACCCACCACUGCGACUGCCAGUGAGGCGGAUGACCUGACAAGCGCCUCUGAGAGUGAUGGAGGCGGAGCUAGGGAAGACCCCUCAUCGGCCAAUCAGAUCAACGAGGAAAUGCAGAGGAUGUUGAAUCAAUUGCGGGAGAGUGAGUUUGAGGACGACUGCGACAGUCUGGCCUGGGAGGAGACAGAGGAGACUCUGUUACUGUGGGAGGAUUUUCCUGGCUGCGGCCUUGGAGCGGAAACUCAGGGGGAGCAGGAAGAAUGCCUCGAGAAGGUCAUUACGGACACAGAGUGCCUCUUUAAAUCCCGCGAGAAGGAGUACCAGGAAACUAUCGACCAAAUUGAGCUGGAGCUUGCCACAGCCAAGUCGGACAUGAACCGUCAUUUGCACGAGUACAUGGAGAUGUGCUCCAUGAAGCGGGGCCUAGACGUGCAGAUGGAGACAUGCAGGAGGCUCAUCACGCAGACCGGCGACAGUAAAUAUCCCCCGUCUUCUGCGGCUGCCGAAGAGAGUGACAAUGUUGACCGGGAGAAGAUGCAAGUGCCUUCGCCUGCACGUCUGGGGAGGUGAUGCGGCUGCCAGCGGGGCGCACUCGCACGUGUUGGACCCCAGACCCUCCCAGACACCAUUGUCUGUCGGGAGAGUUCUGUGUUGUUUUCGCUGCUUAAUAGCUCAUCUGUGUCCCAUAUGCAGUCUUUUGUAAGGGAAAGUGUUGUAUAUACAUCCACGAGAGCUUCUGAAUGGACUUGUAGAUUUGCAGAAAUACUUCCACGGAAGGCUCAGGUGUUUGUGUCCUUUCCGAGGGUUUGAACCUGAAUCCUGCUCUUGGCCUGUGUGCUCUUAGCUUCUCUCUGGCGUCUUUUGCUUUCUGAAGUGGAAGGAUGAGGAGGAGCGAUUUUCCAGUUUGUAAAUGAACGCUUGACUGUUACCAUGACGGACUGUCCCUUCCACACCCCGCUUUACUUCCUGUGCGUCCUGUGACCUAAUGCCAUCGUUGCACGCUUCCACAACACAACUGGAUAGACAUUAUGGCCGCUGCCCCCCCUUAUGGAAGCACGGUGUAUCGUGUCUACUACACGGCUUUAUUUCAUUGUAGCGCUGUAGUACUGACCUCCACAGCCAUGUACCUCUCCCACACUCGAGUACCUCAGCAGACACAGCCAUGCUUCCGGUGAUAUUCUAGGGUUUGAACUGAAACACAUUAUCAGGAUUCGUACUCUUUUUCAGCAUUUUACUUGUACUUCAGCUCAUAAUUCUCUGAAGCCAUUGACAAUACAAUGGUGCAUAAUAAAAACUCAUCGUCCGCCCAGCCCAGUCACACAGUGUGUCUCUUCGCAUUGUGAUGGUGUCGCUUUGACGGGGGAAUAUUUUAUAAGACACAUCACCAGAUGUUUAUUAUUAUUUCAAAUCCUUUGUACCACCUGCUUUUCGAAAGCCUGACAAACGAUGAUUAGAAGACUAACCUGUGAAACAUUCAUAGUCUGCAUCCACUUAGGAAUAUAUCUAUGUUCCCUUGUGUUACCUCAAUAUGAUAUAUUUUGGGGACUUGUGACCAGGUCUGAUUGGUCACAGUUUAAGUGCUGAGGUAGCACCCUGAGACCAUCUGGAACACAAUGAAAGAACACAGGAACCUUAGGAACAUACGACGGACUCCCUCAGCUCUGCAAUCUCUCUUUAAGCUUUAACUGAAAUGUCUGUAAGAUGUACUGUGUUGUUCUGUGGUGUGAACACACAUCAUUUUUGGCAGAAACCCUGCAUGCAUUGAUCCUGUAUGUUUCAUAUCAAAUACGGCAGUCUAAGAAUGACUAAUGAUCCAAAUGAAUAUUAUAAGAGGUCAUGUUCUGGGGAGAUCGUGGCGUGACUGAGAGUGGAUGUUAUUGGUAUGCGCGUGAUAUACGUGUAUUUUCUGGAACUGUGUUUAGAACACUAUUUUUGUAUUCCAUAAUGUGCAAACGUGUCAAGCAUUACCAUAUAUAUAUACAUAUAUGUAUAGCAGAUAGAGACAGGAACAUUAGUUUACUGGAAUGUUAAGCUUAUCAAUCUAAUAACAGAAAAAAUCAUUUAAAAGUUCAAGGUUUUAAGAAAAAGUACACAAAUUUUUUGGUUGUAUGAUAUAAUGGACAGAUGGAGUAUGGAGUUUAGGUAUGAGUGUAGGCCAAAGUAAAACGGAAAGUAUUACGCUGUGGCGUGUUUUGCAUGUUCGUAUGUAUUCUGGGUGCGUUUAAAAAUGGCAGGCUUACGUUUUAAAGGCCAUCGGACUACAGACGCCCUCUCAAAACCUGCAGGCGCCUCUGCUAUGUUAACUGAGCAUAUGUGAGAGUCAUGGAUCCCAUAUUUUAAGCGUUAUUGUGCACGGAAGAAACUUAAUUAAAAUAAGCCUUUUAUUUUUUCACAAAAUAUUAAAAUUCAGUAUGUUUCUUCAGUGUAUGGAACUGCUCUUUGGCUUGAUUGAUGAAUGGAGAGAAAUUGCUACAAUUGGGAAUAAAGAAAAAUGUAUGAGCACAUUAAUUCGAAUUUGAACACAUUUAUGGCGUGUAAUGUGCUAUGACGUUUAUAUGCUGUAUGGAACUGUCAGACGUCCUUCUGGGUAACUACUGACUUUGCCGAAAAGUAAAAAAAAAAUUUAAGGUGGUGGGACACUGGUGACAUUUUAAAGUCCUUCAUCAUGGGUUGGUUGACUUGUUUUGUCCGGAAUUAAUUAUCGGUUGAGACGUUUCCUUUAAAAUGAGUCACCAUUCUUUGCAGCUGUUAUUGAAAGAACCGUAAGCUGAAGGAAUUAAUGAAUCACAGGUGAAUAUUUUAGGAAAGCGGGCCAGUGCUCAGAGAGUAAACAUUCAUGGACAUCUGCAGCCACUCGAACGGUGAGGUUCUGAACGUGUGCAGAAUAAAAGUGAUUACUAAGCAA